AUGCGCGAGAGAAAAGAGAAGGUUGAGGCUAAUUUUGCUAACUUACAAAAUGAUUACCGAAGAAUUGUUGGGCUCGAAAAAACUUCAAAACAGUGGAGGUUGGAGCUCAAGGCUGAAAGGGAUCGUCGAGUUAGGGAUGUCAGAGCCGAAAGAGAGCGCCGAGUCAGAGAACUAGAGGCGGAGAAGAAGAGAAAAGAUCAUGAACUCGAGUCAGAGAAGAAAUCCUGGGCUAGUGCACUGAAUAACGAAAGGAAAGAAGCUAAAGAGUUAAGACAAAGGCAUACUUUGAGCAAGAAACGAGAAGAGGAGCUCACUUUUGAAGUACGAAGGUUGCAAGUUAAUAUUGAGGAGCUCAAAGUUGAAGAGCAUAGUAGAUUAAGCGAGAUUAAGGAAGGAAAACGAAGGAUAGAACAGUUAGAAAUUGAGAAAAUAAUAUGUUUCAAGGGUUCGAAAUGGAGAUGUGUAACAAAGAACGAACGAAUAGAGGUCCUUAAUCAAGAGAUGCAAGAGAUAGAAGCAAGGCAUGAGGAAAAGUUAACUCAGGCUCAAGCAAAGAAUGAAGAGUAUGGUGUUUACAUUCGGCAGCUUGAAAAUUCCUUGUUCACAGAGAAUAGUCAGCGCUGGCCAUCAGAUUUAAGGGUUAGUCUCGAAGAGAAUGCUGCUUUGCGAAGAAAGGUUAAUGAUUUAGAGAAUGCCUUGCGAAGCUGUCAAAUACAGAUCUCUAGUCUUGAGCGUACUGUUGAAAGUACCCGACAGCAGUGGCAGAACUCGAGUGAUCGUUUUGAAGACUGGAAAACGAAUGUGAAUAGCAUAAUCCUUGAAACCAUGAAUCAAUUAAGCGGUGUUGCAAGACAAUUGGGAGAGAUGGACAUUCAAGCAAGAGUUAUCCAGAGUUAUACAAGUCCCGCAUCAGAUGUAGGAAAAAGGGUCAAUUGGCUUGUCAAUGAGAUAAUGGAAUUGAGCACUAGAGCUAGGCCUUUUCUGUAA